AUGAAUAUGAACUAUGACCUGCCCGCACAACGAUGCGGUCAUGUUGUAGGAGGGCAAGUGGUCUGCGCUCGGCAUCGUGGGUACCAAAAGAUCCGACAAGGAGCUUCCCAAAAGGAAAAAGGUUACCAAAUCGUGUGCAAGAAUGUGCAAAUCGUGGAGACAAGUGCUGGCGCCGUACCCGCCGCGAUUAGGUGGGAGGGUGUGUGCAGCGUCGUCAACGAGACGGCCGAAUUAGAAUUCUCCGGCCACCAGAGCGGUGCAAGGGUCACCGAUAGCCUAACAAACCGCGCCACGGAGGGUGGACUUGUCGCGCUCGAUGUCACCGUGCAACAUCAGUGCCCAUCGGCCGCAAGUGUAUAA